UUUAACUUUUUUUUGCUUCCGUCUUAUAGGCCACACAGUUGCUUUGCUUCUGCUCUCUGAUCAUAUAUUAAUGCCAUUGUUAUUAUGACUUUGAGCUUCGAGAACUGUGCUAAGAUAUUGUGUUGUUCUCUCUUAAAUAUUUUAUAUAUACUUCCUUAGUUUUUCCAUAAACACAACAAGGAAGGAAGAGGUCAGGUUUCUUGCUCAGCUUUUGUGUUUCCUCUAUUCCCAUUAUCCUUCUAUGUUUGAGCAUAAAUUCAGGAUCUUGUUCUUUCUUUCUUGAUACUACAACCCGUGUUCUUCCAAAAACAACUGUAGUUUUCUGCCUUAGCCCAUGUUGGGGUAUUUGUCUAGAUACCCACUAAUUCAUUGCUGAGGGAUAUUCAACUUUCACCUUUAUCUUGAAUCUUUUAUUAUAAUUAACUUGAGGAUUUUCUUCCUCUUUUCUUUGUUUUUUUCUUUCUUUCAUUCUUUUCUAAAAUGAGAAAUGCACAUGUGAUACAUCAACCAUAAGAUGCACUUGAAUUCAAGGCUUCAAGCUAAGAACCUCCUACUUGUGGUUGCUUUUUUUUUUUUUUUUUAAAUUAUCUUCAUCCAUCUUGAAUUUCUCUUGUGCCUGAUAAUCCUGUUUUGACUCAAUAACAUCAUGAAGAGCACCAAGGCAAUUAGUCAUGCCAUAUUUGUUAUCUUUAUACUCUCUGUGAGUGCAAGAUGUUGUGGACAAGAAGACCUUGAUAAUGAUAUAUUAGCUCCUAUGGAGAAAGCAGAGCAGGAAGCUCUAUACUCCACCAUUCAAGGCUUUGUUGGUGAUUCCUGGAAUGGCUCAGAUCUCUAUCCAGAUCCUUGUGGUUGGACUCCAAUUCAGGGGGUCUCUUGUGAUCUGUUUGAUGGAUUUUGGUAUGUUACUGCCUUGAACAUUGGACCGGUCCAUGACAAUUCUCUGAGUUGUGCUCAAGAAUUGGAAUUUAGACGAGAGUUAUUUGAGCUCAAGCACCUAAAAGCUCUAUCCUUCUUCAAUUGCUUUCAAUCACAAGACAUGUUUCCAGCUACCAUCCCCACUGGAAACUGGCAGAAACUGGCUGGCAGCUUAGAAUCACUGGAGUUUAGAUCAAACCCGGGUCUCAUUGGAAACAUCCCCUCAAGUUUUAGUGCCCUCAAGAACCUUCAAUCACUAGUAAUACUAGAAAAUAGUGUAACAGGUGAAAUACCAUCAAGCAUUGGCAAUCUCAUCAAGUUGAAGAAGCUUGUUCUUGCUGGAAACUAUCUUACUGGGAGUAUUCCAGAUGUUUUUGAUGGGCUAAAUGAGUUAUUGAUCUUUGACUUAAGUAGCAAUUCAUUGUCUGGCUCUUUGCCUUUGACACUUGGGAGCUUAACUUCAGCAUUGAAGCUUGAUGUGAGCUACAACCACCUUGAAGGGAAUCUUCUAAAUGCAUUUGCUAAUCUUAAGUAUCUGACCCUUAUGGACCUUAGGAAUAAUAGGUUCACUGGUGGGUUGACCUUAUCUUUGCAAGAGAUGUCCUCCUUAGAGGAAUUAGUUUUGUCCAACAAUCCAUUGGGUGGAGACAUCAGAUUCCUAAAGUGGGAAAACCUCAACAAUUUGGCCAUUUUGGAACUAUCCAACAUGGGAUUGACAGGGGAAAUUCCUGAGUCUUUAUCAGAAUUAAAGUUGUUAAGAUUUUUGGGACUUAGUGACAACAAUCUCACAGGGAACCUGUCACCAAAGCUGGAAACUCUGCCUUGUCUCAAUGCACUUUACCUUAGUGGAAACAAUCUCACAGGAGAGAUUAACUUCUCUAAGGACUUUUUUGGAAAAAUGGGGAGGCGUUUUGGUGCUUGGAACAACCCAAACCUUUGCUACCAAAUUGGACUAAUGUCAUCAAGCCAUGUUCCAUUUGGGGUAAAGCCAUGCCAGAAAGAGGUCAAUUUGUUAGAAUCUGAUUCAAAAACUGAGCUGAUCAAUGGGGAUAUGAAUGAGACUUUCCAUUUCAUAGCCUCUAAGGGAUUUUCUAGCUGUGCUACUGAUGGCUUCUGGUGGACUUUUCUGGAAAAAAUAUUGAUGAUGGGCUUAUUUCUAAGUCUUAUAUAACCCUUUAUUAGUCUAGAAAGAGUUCAACUUAGGCUUUGUUUAACCUUUUAGGCGUUACAAAAACUCGUAUGUUUUUUGUAUUUUGUUCUAACAUAAUAUGAUAGUCUUGCAAUGGCCUACAAGUUAGUUACUUCAACAUGGAUACCUCAGCUUACAUAAUCACCUUACUUUUUAUUUGCACUUUCUAGUUUUCCUUUUGUCCUUGCAUCAGGACAGGCUGCAAAGUUUUUCUUUUUAUAAAUAUUUUGAGGUUACAAGAUUUUCCAUUCUUAAUUUUUGGGAGUCAAAUACUGGCGUCUCAAUGGUUAUACAACUUUUCACACAGAGAA